AUGCAUCAAAACUGAAGAACUUCAAGCAUUCCUCAUUGUAUUCACACUCAGCUAUUACCCUAAGAAUUCUCAGCUCAUUCAAUCAAGAAAAUGUCUUUGAUUCCAAGCAUCUUUGGAGCUCGCCGGAGCAACAUCUUCGACCCCUUUUCUCUAGACUUGUGGGAUGCUUUUGAAGGGUUCCCGUUUUCCAGCGCCGUCGCCAAUGCCCCCGGCGGCUCUGCAGGGGAAACAUCGGCCUUUGCAAACGCCCGUAUUGACUGGAAGGAGACGCCGGAGGCUCACGUGUUCAAGGCGGAUCUGCCGGGGCUGAAGAAGGAGGAGGUGAAGGUGGAAGUGGAGGAAGGGAGAGUUUUGCAGAUCAGCGGAGAGAGGAGCAGAGGGCAGGAGGAAAAGAAUGAGAAAUGGCACCGUGUGGAGCGGAGCAGCGGUAAGUUCCUAAGGAGAUUCCGGCUGCCGGAGAAUGCGAAGAUGGAUGAGGUGAAAGCUUCUAUGGAGAAUGGAGUGCUCACUGUAACUGUUCCCAAAGUGAAAGUUAAGAAACCUGAAAUCAAAACCAUUGACAUCUCUGCUUAAACCUCUUAUUUCGUGUGUAUGAAAUUUUGAAAUAAAGUGCUGAACAAAUGCUCUGUAUUAAGAAAUUGAGUGCUUAAAAUGUUGUAAUUUUUCUUGU